ACUUUUAAGAAGAUUUUAAAAAAGGUUAUUAUUAUAAAUAGCAAAAUUCUUAAUUAUUUUCUCAACAAAAUGUACAAAUCAAUCAUAUUUUCAAUAACUGAAACAGUGUGAGAAGGUUAUGGAACGAUCUAUUUCACCAGUCUUCCGUCAAGUACUAGCCUAGGCUUAUCCUUCCCCUCGCCGCGCGCUUCUCACCGUCGCCUACUGGAGUACGUUCCAAAAUCUAACUGAUUACCAUGGUCCGUUCCGAAAUACUAAUAUGACUAAUAUGAAUGGUUAAUCAAUGGUAACCGUUCCAAAACGCGCAGCUAAUUAACCACGAAGGUAAUUUACUUACCUCACAAAAUUAUGAGGUUGAGAAGGUUAUAUACCAUUACCAAAACGCGGGAGAGUAUGAAACCACGGUUGAUACCUUGGUUAACCAAGAUUGCUUUCGGAACGUACCCUUGUCGGGACGCGGUAGGCAGUCUUACGACUAUGUUCUGUGAUGAGCGCAACCGCCACGUCUUAUGGUCUUAUCUACCCAUCAACAACUACACCGCUGCUACGAGUGUGUCUGCAUAAAACGCUUUGUGGGAAGACGUAUUUUUUCAAAAGGAAUCCGACUUAUUCGGCCGCUAAUUUGUUCUGAUUAUCACGAUAUUUUCACAUUGCAGAAAAAUGGCGAAUGAUCGAUUAGAUAUAGUGAUAUUUGGUGCUACUGGAUAUACUGGAAAAUACGUGGUAAAAAAUGCAACCCAAAUAUGCAAGGAUCAAAACUUGAAAUUUGGUAUUGCUGGUCGUAGGAAAGAAGCUUUGGAAGCAGUCAUUAAGGAAUUUGCCUCAGAUAUUGAGGACGUACAUAUUAUCCUAGCUGACACAAAAGAUGAAGAGUCUUUAAUAAAAAUGACAGAACGAGCAAAAGUACUUAUUAGCUGUUGUGGUCCAUAUAGAUUUUAUGGAGAACCAGUCGUUAAAGCAUGUAUUGCUACGCGCACUCAUUACGUUGAUGUGUCUAGUGAAGUACAGUUUAUGGAGCAGAUGCAAUUAAAAUAUAAUGAAGCAGCGAAAGAAGCUGGCGUUUAUAUAGUGAGCGCUUGCGGGUUUGACUGCAUUCCUUGCGAUUUGGGAAUUAUUUUCACCCAACAAAAAUUUGAAGGAGAAGUCAAUGCUGUUGAAGUUUAUAUGAAGAUGUGGUCAACCAACACUGAGCAGACAGGUUCAUAUGGAACUUAUGCAACUUGGGAGUCGGCGGUACAUAGUAUGGGUCAUAAAAACGAAUUACGGGAACUGCGCAGAAAAUUAUAUUCUAAUUCCAAGUUGCCCGAACUUACGCCGAAAUUAAAAUCAAGAGGUCUACAUCGAAGCGAUGUUGCUGAAGGUUGGUCCAUACCGGUUCCGAUCGGUGCUGAUCGUGCAGUAGCUCUUCGUACACAGCACUUCUUACAUAACAAAUAUAAAAUUAGACCUGCACAAGUUCAAUUUUAUACUACAAUUAAGACUUUCUAUGAAUUGCUGAUGAUAACCAUUUUUGGUAUAAUCUUAUUAAUUAUGUCUCGCAUAUCAUGCGGACGUAAUUUGCUUCUAAAACAUCCUGCUCUAUUUACAAACGGUUGUAUAAGUCGCGAGAUUCCGAAUAUGGAAAAGCACAAAUCAAUCUGCUUUGACAUGACGAUCGUGGCUCGCGGAUGGACUGAAAAGUUGGCUAAAUCUACUGGCAAAUACACGGAUCCACCUAAUAAGAAAGUAAUCACCAAAGUUUCUGGCAAGUCUCUCGCAUAUGAAAUGACCAGCGUCGUAGUGCUUUUAUCAGCUAUAACAAUUCUUAACGAAAAAGACAAGAUACUUGAUAACGGAGGAGUACUUACUCCCGGUGCUGCUUUCGGUAAAACAUCUCUGAUCGAGCAAAUGAUUAAACACAACAUUAAAUUCGAAGUGAUAUCUACCGAUGUGCGAAGUAAUCUAUAGAAUUACAACAAUUCUCUAUACAGUUUCUAUUCAUAAUAUUUUCUUUCUUCAUAAUUAUGUUCGAUUUUGAUAUUAACAAUUUUGUAAUUUUGAGUAGAGCUACGCUCUAUGCACAUAUAUAUUUCAGGUUAUUGGUAUUUAUGAUAUUUCAAAAGAAAUGUUUAUAAGA